AUGGCCUUCAAGGCUGCUACUGCAGCCUUUCACACAGCCACUGUCCACCUGACCAGGCCAGGGAAGCCUGAAACCAUUUCCUCAGCCAAAGGGUUCAAAUUCUGCUCCCUCCCUGGGCCUGGCCCAGACCAGAUGGUCCCCGAGGGGGGCAAACUCCUAGCCACAACCCCAGGGAUGACCCCUGCUAAGCCCCGACCACCUCCAGACUGCGCUGUGCAACACAAGGGUCUCCUGGAGGGCCAGACCCCCCUCCUCUGGACAGCUGGGCUGAACCGGUACCAAAACAAACCCCUGCAGGUCUCGGAGGGUGGGAGCCCCGAUCUGGCCAGUGGCCACAGCCUCAGCGCCUGUGCCUCCCUGGCGCCCUUCUGCAGGCCUAAAGGAGAGUCUCCCCGGACUCUGGGAACGCCCCCCUCCCCACCCCCAAGCUUCUCAGCUCCCGAAUUAGGCGGCUGGCUCCCACCCCCAAGGGUUCACGGUUGCCUCAGUUUCCCUGACUGUGGUCGGAGCUCCCCUCUCCAGCGUAGCUCGGAGACUCACCUGCAGCCGCCGCCUCCGGAUCCCGGGACCAGCCGAGCGGAGGCAGGACCCCAGCCCCGCAGAGCCCCCGGCCGGGACACCGGGGGCAUUGUUCCCGGGGCGCGCAGGCGCGCGUGUGCCCGCGUGAGUGUGAGCGCGUGUGUGUGCCCGCGUGUGAGUGUGAGAGCCCCGGUGGGAGGCAGCCCCGCCGCUGCUGCAGCCGCCUCGUGCACUCGCACCGGGCCGGAGCCCCAGCCUCCCGGGCCAGAUCGCGUACCGCCCCGCCCCGCCCCCCUCGGGUCCUCCCCGCCCCCGAACGCCCCCGCCCUCGGACCGCCCCGAUCGGCCCCGCCCCGCCCCCUCGGAUCCUGCCGGACCUCCCCCGCCCCCUCGGACCCUCCGAGGCCGCAGACAGCCCGGGACAGCGCCCCCUCGGACCCUCUCCGGACCUCCCCAAUCCCCCGCCGCAGUCCCCUUCGCGCCAGCAGUCAGGCAAGAAUGCAGAAGCACACCUGGCAGCCGGAGACUGCCCCCCGCACCCCGCAGUCCAGGCUGACCCCUCAGGGCCCCCGGGGUCGAGCUCGCGGCCCCCUCGAUCUCCCGUAA